CGUCCAAUAUAGCCGUAUUAAGAUGGCGGCUUCCUUUUGGGUUUUCUGAGUAUGGCAAUGCUCUUUCUGCUUAAAUCUUGUGUGACAGGCCACCAAGGUUCAGUUGCUCAUGAUGUUUACUAAACCUUUCCGUGUUAAAUCAAACACAGCUAUCAAAGGAUCAGACAGGAGGAAGCUUAGGGCAGAUGUCGCAGCUGCUUUUCCUUCUCUCUCUGCUGAACAGCUUUUGGAGUUGGUGCCCAACAAGGAAGAGCUAAACAUAGCCAGGAUUUAUGCACAUAAAGGGGAUGCUGUUACCGUUUAUAUCUGCCACAGGAAACCAACCCUAUUCGAGUUGGAGAAGUGUAUUUAUCCAACAGUUUACACACUGUGGACAUGCCCAGAUCUCCUUCCCAUAUUUACAACAUGGCCAGCUGUAUUACAGAAGUUAACAGGGGGAGCAGAUCUUAUGCUGCCAGGAGUUGUUGUGCCCUCUUGUGGUCUUCCAGAAGUACAGCAGGGUGCACUCUGUGCUAUCUCCGUAGUUGGAAAUCGAGCCCCAGUUGCCAUUGGCAUUGCCACAAUGUCUUCUGCAGAAAUGAUUGCUGCAGGAAUGAAAGGAAAAGGUCUUACAGUUCUUCAUACAUACUUGGAUCAGUUGUGGGCAUUUGGAGAUAAGUCUAACCCACCCCUAAUUGCUCUACUAGCUCCUGAAACUGCAGAACCCUCAGUUUCUGAGGAAGAAGAGGAUGUGUCAGUUGAAAGUCACAUUUCUGAAGACUGUACUGAGGUGGAUGCCAACAUAGAAGCCCUAACAAUAUGUGCUGGCAGUAAUGUGUACUCUGGGGAACAGAAAGGAGAUGAUGAAACUGGUGACACCCAAUCAGCUACUGAGGUGGAAGCUUCAGUUGAAGAGUGCCAGGAAGUGGAGGAGGAUGAUGGGAAAACCCCACAAGAGCAAAUGGAUGAGCUGCUGUGGCAGUGUUUCCUACAUGCACUGAAAAGUAAAGUGAAGAAGUCGGAGCUCCCUCUGCUGACCAGCACAUUCCUUCGCAGCCACAUGUACUCAUGCUGCCCUAAAGGAAAGACACUUGACAUUAAGAAAUCCAGUUAUAAAAAGUUUUCCAAAUUCCUGCAGUCCGUGCAACAGCAAAACAUUGUCCAGGUGAAGGAACUUUCCAAAGGAGUUGAGAGCAUUGUUGAUAUCAACUGGACACACAAUGAAAUUCGAUCGUUUACAGUUUCAGAGUUGCCGCCUGAUGGAGAUACAACAGAGACUACUGAAACACCAAAUGAGGAGAAACCUUAUCACCCACCAGAAAUUGUUUCCAUUUACAGUAUCUCAGCUAGGCUAUUACCACUCUUUCAGGAUUCCCAGCACAAGAAGGGUGAUAUCCUGUCUGGUAGCGAUGUUAGGAAUAUCAUCACAAACUAUGUGAAAAGCAGUGACUUGGUGAAUGAACAAAACAAAAACCUUGUCUCUGUCGAUCCAGUUUUAUGUGACUGUUUGCUGAACAAAGGAGAACAACAUGAAGUAACACAGCUGCGAUGGGAUGAGCUCUUUACCAGAUGCCUGGAGAGGAUGCAGCCAUGCCAUCAAGUCACAUUUCCUGGACAUGCUCCUAUUAUACGGAAAGGAAACAUUGAGCCUGUUGAGAUCAGUAUAGCACAAAGGGGAUCCAAUAAAAAGAUUACUUUAGUGAAGAACCUGGAAUUGUAUGGACUGGACCCCGAGGCAGUGGCUAAUAUCAUGCAGCAUCGCGUUCAGGCCAGCACCACAAUCUCUCCAGUUCCUGGGUCAAAGGAUAGAGUUCUGGUUCAGAUUCAAGGCAAUCAGGUCAACCAUGUAGGCAAGCUGCUGUUAGAUGAGUACAGGAUUCCUCGCAAAUAUGUUCAAGGACUGGAGAAAGCACCCAAGCCUGCCAAGAAGAAGUAGAGUCUCUGCCCAAAGCUAUGACCAUAAGGAUGACAGGACUGAUGGAACUGCAGAAGCUUCCACUCACUUACCAGAUGUCUUUAAAGGGCCACUUUGGCAGAGGAGUUGGAGUGCUUGGCUUUGACCCAACUCCUAGUGCCAUCAUCAAGUUUGGACUUUUGGGAAACUGUUUCUGCUUCUGUUACUAUAUUUUGACUCGCUCAAUGCUGUUAACAUCACCAGAAGUUUACUAUUUGAUAAACUUCAUUAUGCACUGCGUUCUUUGCACCUCAACUGUUGGGUUGAUUAUAGUACACUACUGAAGAGGAGAAUAAAAAGAUCAGGAUUUCUUGUA